AUGAAGGUAGUGAUAGCUCUCGGGUCUAUGCUGGUUAGUGGUGAGACCAUGAUGCGUUAUUUACUGUCGGAUCACGUGCGUCCUGAAUUAACGAUGUCGUCAGCGUUGGCACAAAGAAUGGACCAGGAGCGUCUCGAGAAUUUGUUGGCUGAGGCUCGUGGUGGUUUGGUGUUGGUACUGCCUACGGACGAUGGCUGGCAGAAGUUCCCCGCCCUUUACAAUGCGAUCAAUGACGACGGAGUGGCUGCCAACAAAUUCCGGGCGGACCUGAUGUUUGCAGCCGGUGGCGAAAUGGAUGUUGUCGGAGGUUUUGAUGCCCUCCUCAACUACGCAUAUCAGAACGACGGUGUUGUGGAUACCGCUUAUGGCACGCCCAUCAAAGUAGAGGAAGACGCACGCGUGUGUCUCGCAGAAUAUGACAGCACUUGGAGCCUACGAACCACCAAGUGCGCGCAACUCAUCUUACCGCCACUUGUCUUUGAUGAUGGCUCACUCUACAUGACAUCUGAUAUAAUUCUACCUGACGACCUUUGGAACGAGAUUAACGUCUACAUGGCCGAUUCAGCUGGCUCCGCUCAGUAA